GGCUUUUGUCACUCGUGUCACCAUCGAGUUCCGAGUGUUGACCGUCCCUCCCGCUUCCAUUUUAUACCCCGAUCCUCUACCCCGCCGUUAUGUCAACCUCUGCCCGUCGUCGUCUCAUGCGCGACUUCAAGCGUAUGCAAACCGACCCUCCUGCUGGUGUCUCUGCAUCUCCGGUAGCUGACAAUGUGAUGACCUGGAAUGCCGUUAUCAUCGGUCCUGCUGAUACACCCUUUGAGGAUGGCACAUUCCGCCUCGUCAUGCAUUUCGAAGAACAGUAUCCGAACAAGCCCCCUGGCGUGAAGUUCAUCAGCCAGAUGUUUCACCCCAAUGUAUACGGCACCGGUGAACUGUGCCUGGAUAUCUUGCAGAAUCGGUGGAGCCCAACGUAUGACGUGGCGGCAAUUCUCACUAGCAUUCAGAGCCUGCUUAACGACCCAAACACAUCAUCCCCUGCCAAUGUUGAGGCAUCUAAUCUCUACAAAGACAACCGGAAGGAGUACAUCAAGCGCGUACGCGAGACGGUCGAGAAGAGUUGGGAAGACUAGGGGACGCCCCAUGUGAUAUUUGGUUAUUUGUCAAAUUCCUUCUCCUUUUCUCUCGGUAUGGUUUAUCUGUGGCGUUCUAUGACGAAACACUUAUUGUCUGCUCAUAUCAAGCGGCGACAGCACACUUGUCAUGGAUGUUUGACACGCCGAUGGCAUGACUUGGAGAUUUUACAGGCCGUUUGAUGACAUGCACAGCGCGGGGUUUGGGCGCCUGGUACAUAUUAUUUUUUGGUUGUUUUUAUUUUAUUAUAUUUUAUUUUAUUUCUUAUUUUA